AUGGGUCGCCGGGCAUCGCAGCGUCUGAUUAAUAUGUCCGGUCUUAACGUUGCGUCGGUGUCCAACGCUCUUUACGAUCGUGUGUUCGCUCGGCAUGUUCUCGGACGUUCCUUUCGUGGGUUGCGUUCUUUUUUCUGGCUCUUUCAUGGGGUCUUACCGACUCCCGCUGGCUACAUCGGUGGCCAGGGCAACCGGGGGCCUGUCGCGUCGCGGACCGGCCGCGAGUCCGCUGGGCCGGACGCGGCAUGCGACAGCGCGCGGACCGGACGGACGCAUGCCCGGCACGUGCGCGCGCGCCCGGGCCCGGCUGACGGCCCUGGCGGGGCCGGCCGGGCGCCGGACCAGGGGCCGCCGCGGCUGCCAGAGGGCGGCGUCGCCGGCGUCCCCGAAGUGGGUCGACCGGGCGAGGGCACGCAGCGCGCACGCGAGACGGCCCGCCCGGGGCGGUGCCGCCCGCCCGCCCCUGCCCCACCGGGACCGGGCUUGCCGGCCGGCCUCAGGCCGACCGGGGCGCAGCCCUGUGCCGGCCCUGCGCCGCCUGUGAGGGCGCGCGCAUCUCGCUCCGCGCCCAGUUCAGGCUCGCGGCCGCUAGGCCAUUCCCUGCCCGGGCGCGCAACGCCCCCCCGCCCGCACGGCCGCAGGGCCGGUCCAUCCCCGCCCCUGGCUGCGCCCUCCUGCCCGACCGGGGGCGCCCGACCGCCCUUCCGCGGGCCGCCCUGCCACGUGUCCGCCAAGCCAGGCGAGGCUCCUGUGCCGCCGCCCCCCUCCCCCCCUCCCCGCACCGUGGCUGGCUGCCCGGACGAGCUCUUGUAUUGUUACAGGAUUUUGGAGACAGCUCCCCGCGGCCGCCUAGACUAUAUGAGUUAG